UUCAUUUUCUGUGUUUUGGUUUGCUUUAUCACAAUCUUUUAUCGCUAGACAAGAAAAGAAUCUCUGUAAAUAUCCGGGUUAGGUACCCUCCAGGGCUUAGGUUGGUGCUGUGUACCUUCAUACCAGUUACAGCGGUAUUUCUUAUCCGUUACCCUCCAGCCAUGAUACAGCAAGUGUAUAAAACCCUGCCUGAUGAUGAACCUAUAUUGUCCAUUUGUGUUGUCGAAGAUCCUGUAAAGUGCCCUCCCGGAUAUUAUGUGGUCAAUCGAACCCAUGAUCAAGAUUCAGAUGCAGAUUUGUACCGGCAGUCAGCAUUAUUUGGCAAAAGAAAUACUCGUUAUCUCUGCAUCUCUAAAAUUCACGGAAUUGCAGACCUAAUUGUAGAAUCCAUUGCCAUCGUUGGAGAGAAGGAUCCACCACCUGCAAGUUACUGUGUAAUGGCCAAAACUAAAGACACAGAUCAAAAAGCAUGGAGGAAAAGCCAACUUUGCUACAAGGUUGCAAGGCGUACAACAGCUAUCGCUUGUGUUACUGAUAUAAUUUUGCUCAGUCGCAUGAAAAAGGCUCCAGAUGGUUUCCUUUUAGGAGGAGAGAUAAACGGUCUUACUUUGUGCUAUAAGGUUGGAACCAACACCAACGGUGAAAUCAUUGCGAGAUCAGGAGCAAAAUCUACCAUGCCUCAGCUAGCAUAUAGUCUUAAUCCUCGAGGCCCCUCAGUCAAUGGUAAUUCAAAUGUUCUGCCAAUGCCCCUUCCACACAGGCGAGCCCCUGCUGAGAAUCCUCCGGUUAAUGAUCCUGGCUACCAGAAUGUUGCUUUGAAUAAUGAUGAUGAUUCACCACAUGAAUAUGAAAAGUUAGUCAUAUCACCAUUAUCGCCCAAAAGACCAGCUCCACUACCCCCAACUUCCGCAGGCCCUCUUCCAUUGCGUCCCGCACCCAAACUGCCAUCAACAAUGUCUACUUACGCUACCCUUGGUAGUUUUCAAGGAUUGGAAGGCAUUCCGUUCGUGCUCAACACUAAACUGCAGUUUAAUUCCUCUAAGGUAACUGUUCCUCCUCUGAAAUUUAGAACAGCAUAUGAAAUUGAGAAAGAGUUUGAUUAUGAUUUCCGAUUGGAAAGACAAACUUAAAUUUAAGAGUAACAACAAUCAAUUGUAGCUUCAUUAAAUCUGUUAAAAUUUAUAAAUGACAUUCACCUGUAGUGGUCUUAAGUAUUUUGUCAGAGAUCUUUUGUUUGAAGACUUUGAUGAACCAUAUCACAUCAAGCUCUGUGAACACUGCCAAUAUAUCCAUGCAGCUAUUCUUCAGUGUUCGUUCCUUUUUAGUUUUUGUUUUAAACUACUGGAAGGAAGUGCACUUUGUAACUCAGUCAGUAACAUAGUAGCCAAAUGAAGCCAAUCAAUCAAUUAAUUAAUUGUGAUGUCAGAGAAACCCUGACAAUUUUUACGUCUGAACUGUGAUUAAUCUUUUGUCAUAUUGUAAUUGAAAAUAUUUGGUGGCCUGUUGUAUUGGGCAGGGAAUUAAUUCAGUGCCUCUUUAUUUGUUAAGAAUCAAUUGAAAUAAUGGAGCCAUUUUCAUUCCUUUGACCAUUGUUUUAUAUUUAUCUGUAAUCUAUAGUUAUUGUGUAAAUCAAUUUUGAAAAAUGGCACGUGUUAGAUAUUAUCUUUAUUUUACUUGACAGACCUGUAAACUGAACGGACUGUUAAAGUACACUGUUACUUAGCUACUAGAUGAGAGUAGAGAAGAUUUUUUAUUUUAAACCUGUUUAGUUGACUUCCUGAUGAGCAGUUUAUGUUGUUGUUGUUUUUCUUUUUUUGAAUAAGUGCGGUGAACUCCAAUGCAAAAUACGUUGCAGGUUAAAAUUAUAUUAUUAAGUGAAAACUCAAGCGCUUCCAUGAGAAGACUGCAGGAUGUUAAUGUUAGUGGAUCCCGGUUGUGCUUUGUAAGUUUCACAUUUUGUGUAUCCUGCAUGUAUCAUUCCUAAGAGUGAAAAAUGUGGUUAUGAAAGGUUACUUCUGCCUCGUCUUAUUUGUUCUGCACCGUAGACUUACCAAUACCCAAAAUUCAUGUGAAAGAGAGAUAGGAGGGGUGUAUAAACAUUUAUAAAACUAGUAUCUCACUGUACCCUGUUUCAUUUUUGUUUCUUACUAUGACCUGACUGUCAUUUUCUUUUUAUGGAACUCUAUGUCAGCCUGGGUUAAGUGAUUUAGAGGCUGCCUUAUCAACUCAAAAAGUUGGGGGGAAAAAUCAAUUUUUUGUAUCAGGACUUUGAUCUUACAUAAUAAAUACCACACAUACCCUUUCAAGUAAAUUAUGGUAUUUAUAUGGAAUCUCUUUUUUGAACAACUUAUUGUGAAACCUUUGCAAUAUUUUUUAGAUAUUUUUUUAACUCAAUAAUUCAGGUAACAAGAAAAUUGUAACUGAAAAGAUCUUUUAAAAAUUUGAUUGUCUUGAACAUUUUUAGUCUGUUAGCUAGUAAACAAAUUUUAUCUAAAUUACUUCUGUUGAUAUUUUUAUUAUAUGUUGUUCACACUAGAAGUAGUUUCCACUUGCUAGUUUUUAUGUUAUCUGCAUGUGCCAUGAAGAGAAAUUUAAGUAGAGAGAAGUAUUAUCUCAAAUUUCUUCCAGUGUGCUAUGCAAUUUUGUCUCUCUUUCUUAGUUUUCCUUUUUGUAAGUGAGAAGAAGAUUGACUUGCAUCACAUAAGAUGCCAAUAACUUCUGUUAUCUUACUGUUAGUAAUAUUCACAAUGACAAUUAAUUCAUCACCUCAUUUAUCCCAUCAGAUAAAAGCAAAACAGAGGCUGAACAAAGUAUAAGUAUUAUGCAUAGUGUUGUAAGUAAUUUUGUAUGUUAUAGAAAAUGAGUGCUGUGUGUCAAAUUCUACCAUUUGUUAGUAAAAUUUCCCUCUUUUUUACAAAGAAAAA